UCCUUUCGGUAUUUUUCGUCUUCUCAUAGAAAUCAUUUCUCAUCGUUAUCUCAAAAGAUAAGCUUCCAGUCGGGGAGGUCUUUUUUCACCCCUGUCAUACCCCGCAUAUCAUUCCAGAGAAGAAGUGCGGGGAUUCGUUAGCAGAUCCAUCCUCACGGAAGUAGACACCCUGCACGCUGCAACCUUGAUUUCUUAAAAGAUAGCUUCCAGCAACCACAAACCGUCGACGGACAUCGAAUUUUCCUGUUGGAGUCGACCGUAUUUUCCAUCACAAUGUCGGAAUACCCAUCAGCAUCUGAGAAAGUUCACGAGAUCCCGAGGGCAGAGGAUCCGCCCUCAUCUCUAGACGAUGAGAAGGUCGAGCAGGAAAGAGUUGAAGAUGUCGGAGAAAAGAGAUUGCCAGGAGAUGGCGAAGCUCGACUCCCGCGCUUCACACAGGAGGAGGAAGAAGCUGUUAUCCGGAAACUCGAUUGGCAUUUAAUGCCGCUGAUCUUUGUUCUCUAUUCCCUCAGCGUACUCGAUCGCUCGAAUCUUGGCAAUGCGAAAGUCGCUGGUAUGCAGGAUGAUAUUGACAUCGCCGGUAAUCGAUACAAUUGGCUAGGCACAAUUUUUUACAUCUCUUAUAUCCUAUUUCAAUGGACUCAGAUGGGAUUCAAAAUCUUUCCACCUCAUCGCUGGGCUGCAUGCGCUGUACUUGCAUGGGGAAUCAUUUCAAGUGCUCAAGCUGCAACGACCACCUGGGCUGGGCUGAUGGUCUGCCGGUUUCUCCUCGCCAUACCUGAAGCAAUGUAUGGGCCUGCAGUACCUCUUUACCUAUCAUUUUUCUAUCCUCGCGAACGACUUGGAUUGCGAACUGGCAUAUUUCUAUCUGGCUCUGCAUUAGCAAAUGCAUAUGGUGGCGCCUUGGCAUAUGGCAUCUCACAGGCGAAGGGAUCGAUCGCUUCAUGGAGAAUUUUGUUCUUAGUGGAAGGCCUUCCAACCAUUGUUCUGGCAUUUGUCGCUUGGUUCUGGCUUCCAGAUAGUCCAGCCAAAGCUCGCUUCCUUAGUGAACGCGAUCGUGAGGUUGCAAUCGAACUCUCACAACGCCAGCCAGGAGAUCGCAACAACGAUAAAUUCCAAUGGAAACAGGCCGUUGGCGCACUUCUUGACUACCGCUCCUAUAUUCCUCCUCUGAUCUACUUUGGCUGCAAUGUCUGUUUCGCUUCACUGCCUCUUUUCGUCCCAACCAUCAUUUCUCAGAUGGGAGCGUUCACAACGAUUCAGUCGAAUGGCCUCUCAGCUCCACCAUACGUGCUUUGCUUUAUCAGCAUCGUGGCAUGCGCCUUCAUCUCUGACCGUGUCGGGGUCAGAGGGCCAUUCGUUGCUGGUGCGGGGUUGGUAGCUGCGAUUGGAUACAUUCUUCUUGCGACCCAGACUACUGUUGCAGUCAGAUAUUUCGGGCUCUUCCUUGCUACGAUCAUCUUUACCUCUGUCGCUCUGGUUCUAUCGUGGGUGGCUAACACACACGCAACGGACUCCAAACGAGCUGCUGGCCUGGCCAUCCUGGCUACUGGCGGACAGUGUGGGCCGAUUCUAGGAACGAAUAUCUUUCCAGCUGGAGAUAAACCUUACUACCGGAAAGGAAUGUGGAUCAGUUGUGGAGCGUGUCUCUUGGUGUUUUUCCUGGCGAGCUUGCAGAGUUUCUUGCUUUGGAGAGAGAACAAGCAGAGGGAUAAGAAGUAUGGAAAGGUCAGGGACACAGAGCACACGAAUGUGCAAAGCGAAUUUGGUGAUGAUGCGAAUUUCAGAUAUAUCAUUUGAGAUGGGUUGACUAGUAGGAAGAGCAAAGUCUUCGAGCCGUGUCUAUUUAUACCCAGAUCCGAG